AUGGAAAUGCAGCCUUGGUUCUUCAAGAAUUGGUAUUUGCAAGAGAAGUGGUCAUCGAGAGGAAACAAGGAAAUUGGCGACACAUCGCAUGCCUACGAUUCCCUUUGGCGGUUUUAUCCCUUAUGGUUAUGUCGACGCGGAUCUUUGGAUACAGCAGCCAUGCGUGUUACGAGUGUACCAUUCUUCAUCGACCACCGACAUUGCACGGUGACAUUUGGUCGGUGGCACAUUGUACUUGAGACUUGGAGGACAGCUUUUUCGACCACCAAGCGGGACAUUGAAUCGCUGCAGCGCACAAGAGCAGCGUUUUCAAAUGCGUUGCAAUGGCAAAUGAUACAUUUCAUCAAGGGCCUUCAAGUAUCAAAAUUUGAACCGUUCAAAUCUUCAGAACACGGUGGCCCUGAAGCUCCUAUCGUAGCUAAAGAGACGGCAAUCGGUGUAAAUCGUGCACUACUAGAAGAAGUGGCAUCGCUGGAGGCUCGAGCACAAGCCCGGGAGCGCGAUAUGAUCAUGCAAGCUCUGCAGAACCAGAAGGAUCGUGUCGACACAGAUGCCAUUGUUCCCCUUGAAAACGACAUGAAAGCAAGCAUACAAGCUCUCAAGGGUCUCCGACUUGUCGAACAGAAGGAUGGCAUCAUGUUUAAGUCGCCAGAGCAAGCAUUGGCUGUGAAAACAGCCAUAAAGGCAACCGAGCCCAUGAUCUGUGUGCUACCUACUGGUGGAGGCAAGACAGCAAUUUUCCAUGUGCCCGCCUUUUUGGAGAGGUCCAAGGGCCUGCUCACUGUUGUGAUUGUACCCUUGGUAGCCCUUAUGGAUGAUCACAUCCAUCGCCUGAACAAGCGUGGCAUUCCUGGCUUCAAGUCUUUCCAAUGGGAUGGCCAGUGGUACAAGAUAGGGAUCCCUCAAGAUGUCUCGAUUCUCUUUGUCUCGAUGGAGACAGCUGCUACUACGACCUUCCUCAAUGCGCUCAAGCUCAUUGAAUCGCGCCUUGCAAGGAUUGUGGUGGUGGAUGAAGCUCAUCUCGCUAUCACAUGGAGCGAUUUCCGGUCCGACAUGCACAAACUCGUGUAUAUAUUGUGCUGUCAGCAACAAUUCCGCCAAGGAUGGAGGGUGAUGCUUUGGGCACUAUUGUACGCCAACAACAACCCGCACUCGUUUGUAUUACGGUGUUCAGUGGGUCACCAACAAGAUCACUUGCUUCCAGCACUCGUUGAAUUGCUCAAGUCCACGCAUAGGAAAACAGCUUCAUGA